AUGGCGACUCCACGUGUGGUGCGCCUGCCCGAUGGCACAACAGCUCCAGCGCUAGGACAGGGUGUGUGGAUGAUGGGUGACAACCCUGCGAAGCGCGCAGUCGAGCUGGCGGCGCUGCGAGCCGGUGUGGCAGCGGGCAUGACGCUUAUCGAUACCGCAGAGAUGUACGGCAACGGCCGCUCCGAGCGACUCGUGGCGGAGGCCAUCAAAGAGACGCCGCGCGAGUCGCUCUUCGUGGUCUCGAAGGUGCUGCCACAGAAUGCGUCCCGGGCGAACAUCUUUCGGUGCUGCGAUGCCUCCCUCCAGAACAUCGGGACGGACUACCUGGACCUAUACCUUCUGCACUGGCGCGGUGCUGUGCCGCUCUCCGAGACGGUGACGUGCCUGGAGGAGCUCGUCAAGAGCGGGAAGAUCCGCCGCUGGGGUGUGUCGAACUUCGAUGUCAACGAUAUGGAGGAGUUGUGGCGCGUCCCUGGCGGAGACAAGUGUGCCGUCAACCAGGUGCUGUACCACCUCGGCUCCCGUGGCAUCGAGUACGACCUUAUUCCGUGGCUAACGGCGCACAACGUGCCAGUGAUGGCCUACUGCCCCAUCGCCCAGGCUGGCGAGCUCAAGGCGGAGCUGUACAAGAGCGCAGUCGUGCAGAGCGUCGCAGCUCGCCACAGCGCCACCGUCGCCCAAGUGCUACUCGCCUUUGUGCUACGCAGCGGGCACGUUAUCGCGAUCCCCCGCUCCAGCAACCCGGCGCACACAAAGGAGAAUGCAGAGGCAGGCGGUAUUGAAUUGACAGAGGAGGACAUGGUGGAGCUGAACGCAGCGUUUCCCGCGCCCAAGUGCAAGACGCCUCUCGACAUUGUGUGA